AUGGACUUUGAGUUGAAAAUUGCUGUUUUCAACGUGAAUGAGAUGGAACGGGAAAAUGUACAGAAGAGGACCUUUACAAGAUGGAUAAACCUACAUUUGGGAAAGUGCAAACCUCCUCUGAAAGUGAGAGAUUUGUUUAUGGAUAUACAAGAUGGCAAAAUCUUGAUGGCACUACUGGAAGUCCUGUCAGGACAAAAACUGAUGCAUGAAUACAAAUCUUCAACCCAUCGCAUUUUUCGUUUGAACAACAUAGCCAAAGCACUUAAGUUCCUGGAGGACAGUAAUGUAAAGCUUGUUAGCAUUGAUGCAGCAGAAAUAGCAGAUGGAAAUUCCUCUCUGGUACUUGGACUAAUAUGGAAUAUAAUACUGUUUUUUCAGAUUAAAGAGCUGACAGGCAACCUCAACAGGAACUCCUCCUCGUCCAGCCUCUCUUCUGGGCCCAGCGGGCCGGAGUCAGACACAUCAUACCCCAGCACUCCUAACAUAGAAAGAAGCAUGUCUGUCACAGUGAAGGAUCAGCGAAAAGCCAUCAGAGCCCUUUUAUUCUGGGUUCAGAGGAAAACCAGAAAAUACGGUGUUGCAGUUCAGGACUUUGCCAGCAGCUGGAGGAGCGGCCUUGCCUUCUUAGCUAUCAUAAAAGCAAUAGACUCCACUUUGGUAGACAUGAAGCAUGCAUUGGGAAAACCAGCUCGAGAAAACUUGGAGGAUGCUUUUAGCAUUGCACAAAACAAGCUGGGUGUUCCUAGGCUUCUAGAGCCAGAAGAUAUAAUGGUGGAAUCCCCCGAUGAGCAGUCCAUUGUGACCUACGUGGCUCAGUUCCUUGAACACUUCCCAGAGCUGGAGGGAGAAGACUUUACAGAUCCUGAGAAGGAGCUUCCAAUUGAAUCUACGUAUGUUCACAUUAAAGACACGCCUUCAGAAAAGGAAAGCAAAAUCUUGAUUUUAAGGGAAAGUGACAAAAAUAUGUACACUGUUAAUCAUGAAAGGAGUCACCCUGCUCCUCCAAAGGUUCAUAUUCAUGAUACCCCUGAGAGAAUUCUGUCAGAAACCGUUCCUGAAGCAUGUAAUGGCAAAUUGAGUCAAGUGUCAGGUGAUUCUCAGGAAAUCUCUGAAAAUGAGCCACAAAGACCUACUUCACUGGAAAUUACAGGAUCUGUCAGUUAUGAAUCAAAUUCCUCCUGGGAAGUUCUUAGUGAUAAGUUGAUGCCAGGUGAUGGUGGCAUAGCUGAUGAUCCUCUGAAACAGAGCGAUGACCUUUCUCCGGCUGUUCUGACAGAUCAGAAAAAUUCCGUUGACUCUUUUGAAGACUAUUCUGAAGAAUUAACAAAAGAAACCUAUACUGAAUAUGACAAUGAAACAAAGAGCCUUUCAGCCAAUACUUCUUCUUUAAGUCCAUUGUCUUGGACUUCAGGUAUACUUACAGAUGAAUCUAUAAAUAAAGUAGAAGAGAGCAAUUCCCAAAAUUCAAUUAUUUUACCACAAGUUACCUCUAAACAAGAAGAUACACAUAAGUAUGUUCUUCACCUUCUAAAUGAGGAAGUACUGAAACAGCCAGAAAAUGAACAUACAAAGCAAUCGCCUGUUUUGGAGACAACAGAAAAUAACCAUUGUUCAUUGAAUGGUUCUAAUCUCAAAAGCCAAGAAAUAUCUACACUGCUAGAAACGCCUGAUGACUCUCUCUCAGAUGGACCCAAUAAUGGAGAAGACUCAGACAGCUGUGAUGGAGAUGAGUCUUCUGCAGAAGUGCUACUCAGUUCUUCAAAAGUGUCUGUAAUACCCCAUGAUCUCUUCUAUUAUCCACAUUAUAACGUUCCCAUAUCAGCAGUUUUGGAUGCUUAUGUUGAGCCUUGUCUUGAAAGAUAUGAUACUGAAAAUGACAAAUUUUUUUCUGAAACAGUAACAGAUAUUUUACAUGAGAAAGGGAUACUGGCACAGGGCUACAAGGAGGAUGCUCCAGAACCAGGCUUAGGGAAUAAUCAUGGUGUCCCUUCAUUGGAAAUGGGUACUGAGAAUGGAGAGGAGGAAACAAUAGAUAUAAACAGUCAUAGCAGUUCUUUCUAUGAAAAAGAAGUGCCAUUACUAAUAGGAGAGAUAGAAAUUGAAAUAGACAGCCAAAAAGCCACUGGCAAUGAAGAUUCCAUGAUUCUACAGCAUCCUGAGGCCAUAGGAGACGAUCUAGAUGACUUUGCAACGGCGGGAAUAAGACUGGAAGAUAGUAGUAAUGGGGAGGAAAAAAAGGAAAAUACGAUGGAAGCAGAAGACUUGCAGAUCUCAGAAGUUGGGCAUACUACGCUGUUAGAUGAUGAACUGGAAGAAAUUGCUAAUAGCCAGGAGUUGACCAGAACUUGUGGCAAUGCUUCCAACAUUUCUCUCCGAAAAAGGUUUCCUGAUACUUCUGAGAUGGAAACCUCUGGUAAAAAGGAUCAGAUGAUGACAGAAAUGGGUGAAAAUCUAUUGAUCACUGGGAUGAAAAAGGAUGUGGAAACACAUAAGACUGCAGCACCUCCUUGCCAGACUCCAAGUGUUGAGCAAUCAGAGUUAUUCUACUACAUCGUUUUCCUCUGGGUGCUUGUCUACUGCCUUUUAGUCCUUCCACAGCUUUUUAGCUUCAAAGUGUGAUCUCUGUGAGGUGUGUAAAAAUAAAAGACGGUGGCUUGAUUGCUUUGUGUAUCUACAUAUAAGUAUGUUAUUUCAGGUGAAGCACAAGCAGAAAUAUAGGACCUGGUAUUUGUAUUUACUAUCAGGUUCUCCUCGGUUCCUCUACUGUUGUGCUAUGACAAUGUCUAAGCACAUUUUAUAAUAUGACACUUGUGUAAAUAUAUAUAAAAAUGACCUGAUUCAGUAGCUGCAAUUUUGUACAUUUGUGCCUUGCUUUAUAAGAUGCUAAAUAAAAAUGGAUAAUUAUCAGUAGAACUAUGAACAAUUCAGAGCUCUAGUCAUCAAAAAUUAUUCUUCUGGCUUCAUUUACCUGUGAAGGGCCCAACAGCAGUGGAAGACUUGUUGUUGGCUUGUCCAUGAAUCUGGCCCUCCUGCAAGAGCAAGGCUUGAAAUGCUCUUUUUCCAUGGAGUUCUUUGAGAGAGGUAGAGGUAGAGCAGAGUUGGAGCUGAGACAUUCUCGCUGCAGGAAUUUAACUAUAAUCCUAGAGGCAGUCCAGUGGAGCAGCAAAAUCAGGUGGAGGGUUAUUUGUGGAGGGAAGAUUGUUUUUUUUAGGAUGUAAAUUCAUUUUUAUUCAAAACCUGUUAUGUUUAAAUUGCAGGAACAAAUUGGGUGUGGAGCAGUGGGGGAUCAUGUGAGAAAUCUUAAUCCAGAAAUUUCUGUGCAGAGUACCUGAAGAAAUACACUUUGUAUUUACUGAUGGUGGCCAUCUUUGAGAAAGAUCAGGAUCAGAUAGGUGGUUUUUGUUUGUUUUUAAUACUGUACCUCACUGCUUGUGAGACAGCAUCUGAUUUGGUUUUUCUGAUGCUUUUAUUUACCAGAUCAUGUGAUCAUUUCUGUCUUUUAAAGAUACAAAAUAUGGUAGGUAGUCUAACUUCUAAGGCUACCGUUGAAGCACAAGUGCAUUGCUAUGAAAGGGUUAGCAAUAUUCUUUAAGUGUAUAAAUCAAUGACAAGAGUAAAACUCAAUAUAGAUAAAUACUGACAGCCUUUGUUUAUUCUCUAGUUUAACUGGAUAGACUUCUGUGCACAGACAUAGUUAAGCCAUUUCUACCUCUUAACUUUUAGCCACAUCAGUGAUCACUUUAGGGUAUUUGAUUUAGGUUUUUAGCCAGAGGAAGGGUACCAGUGCACUACAGGGUGAAAGAGAAGUCUUCAAAUUCAGUUCAAUUGCAAUAAUUUCUUAGUUGUCAAUGGAGAUUAUCUGGAGUUCAAUUACAGUCUUUUUGGAGAAUUUUACCACUAUCAGAGUUCAGUCAAAGAGAAUCAUUUCCAUUUUGUCUUCUCUCUCCUAAGAAAAUGAAUUGGAAGGAGAAGAUCUUUGGAUGUCUCACCUAACCCACUGACAUCCAUAAAGAAUGGAAGAGUAGGCUAUUAACUUCCAAGAAGGAGAAAACUCAUCAUUUUUUUUCUUCCCUCUUGCUAAUAGUCAGUGGCUCAGGCAGCAAAACGAGCAGUUUAAAUCUCAGAGAGCAUGCAGCAAUUGUCUUGAUCAUUUCAUCCAUCUUUAAGCUAAUAUAUACUUUCCAGCCUGGCGUGAGAAAAGAUGGAGAUUGCAGCUUCUUUCUAAAGUUGGUGAAAAUAAUACUAAAUAAAUCCAUGAUACUUGGUAUUUGGCUGCUUUCCAUUUGGAUUUGCCUGGGUUUUUUUUUGUUUGUUUUUGUUUUUUGGUUUUGUUUUUAUUUGUUUGUUUGUUUGUUCUUUACUAUAACAGAAGCAGUCUACCUUAUUCAGCCAUUUUGUGGGUUAGAAUGUCCAGAGUAAUAGAGUUACAAAUAGUACUGCUGUGGCCAGCUGAUUGUGGAAACGGACUGAACUCUCAAAGAGUUCUGCCUUUAUCUAGAACUGAAAAAGAAGGAAGGAAAGAAAGAAAAUAUACAAACAAACAAACAAACAAAUAAAUAAAAGACAACUGCAUGAGCAGCAGCUCCUCCUACUUAAAAUGUCGUGUAAGCCUGCAUCAUUCUUCCACAGUUCAGAAUCUAAUCCCUCAAGUGCCCUCCUUGUUCUGUAAAUGUUGCUCCUUGUUGGUCUUUGUGUGCCAUUCUUAGCUUACAGUCUAAAAGCCUGACUGUGAAGCGUUCAUUGCAGCAAAGGGUUUUCUAAUGUGCUGACUUGAAGACUGUGACUGUCUUGAGGCAUCUGAGAUUUUAAAGGCUAGUGGGCCAUCUUUUGUCUCACCAACAGAUAUGUGCAUGGUCUGAAUAAGGAGGUUUUUCCUGAAAAAAAGGCUUGGGUUUUUGAAAAGUGCGAAGCUUGAAGUGACCUCAUUUGGUACUUUGAUUUAGUAGUGGAAUUCAGAUAUAUAUGGGUACUGAUCUGUUAAGACCAUUUAUAAAAUCAGUUCUUGUUGAGCAAGUGUAUGCAUAGUAAGGUACUGUGAAGUGUAAGUGUUGGGAAGUGCUUGUAGAUUACUGGAUAAAAGGGUGUUUGGUGUUCAGAGAAGCACCAUUACAGGCUGCAAAACAGCUGUAACAGGAUGUUUCAAUGUUACUGCUGUUGUGUAGCUUAACUGCGAAGUGUUUCAUUGCAAUUUUAUAGAAAGUGAGAGAAAUGGUUUAGUAUUAAAGACAAAAGCCUGCUAAACGUUUAUGAGGCAGAUGUCUUACAGCUGAAGAAAUGAGUUAAGCAAUCACUUCAUCUACAAACUGAAAAGAAUGCAGCCUGUGCCAGGUUGUAGGAAAUGAUCAGGGCAAGUACAGAUUGCAGUUAGAAAAGAAAAAUAAAAGAAAAAAAAGACAAUCGCUUUUUCAACGCCAUGAAUGUUUUUGAUAGAUUGAGCUCUAAAAUGUAUUUUAACUGAGUUUCUAGAUUAUAAUGAAUGUGUCUACAGAAUUUUAUGCAAAGCUUCAGAGUUCAGCUGUUUUAAAAAGAUGUUUUUUUAUAUAGCGGUGAUUAUUUUAUCUAUAUAUUUAAUAGAAUUGUAAAACCAUUUUAAGAAUACCUGUAAAACUAUGUGUAUGUGAUAUGAUUAUUUAUUAAUUAUGACUCACAAGAAUGAACAUUGAGCUAUGCAUCAGUUGGAUCAUCCAUUUGGAAAGUGGAAACUGCAAACAGAGGAAGAGCUGAACUGUAGACUUGAAAGACGUGGGAAAUGAUUUGAAUACAACUGCGUGAUUCUUAGAGCUGCAUAGCUAUAUAUCAUUUUGUGAUGUUAAUUUUCAUAGGUUGCAAAUUAUAUUGAGUGAUCAAGCUUCUUUCUUCCAUUAAAACUUCCUGAGGCUGAAAUUUCAACAUGUUAA